GCCGGGCGACUGGAUAUGUGGCUUUUGAACUGUUCGGCUCUCCAUAUGCGUUAAUUCUUCCGGGUACUGGCUUGGCGGUGUUGUCUGUGUAGAUAAUUCUGUUUUAGCUCAUGAAUUCGGGUUGAACACUGCGACAGUGUAAAACGGGAAGGGUUAUUAAUGGCAUAAACCUGUCAGGUAGCAAGAGACAAUGUGUGAUUAUCUUGCUUUCCACACGCAGCUAGCUGCCAUCAUUGACGUUUUGGCAAAGUCUGCCGUUGCAGAAAUAUGCCAACUUGUAGACGACGGUUACGCACUUCUGCGCUUGGAAGUCUCUCAAAGUCAGAAGCAGAAUGAGGCUUUGAGAAGGAGGUUGCGGAUGAUGGAGCAGAGGGUUGCUCGCGAGUUGAUCCAGGUUGAGCGAGUCGGGGUGCAAGAGGACUUCGUAAAUAAUCGCACUGGAGUCCAGAUUUUAGAAAGAUCCAAGAAAAUAACAGAGGAUUGUUUCCUAACUGAAGAGGGACCGCUUGGGAAAGAGGCGAAUAUCACACCGUGGAGUGAUGGAGAGCUAGCAGCCGGGCACGAGGAACGCUCUCUUGAGCAGCCUAUCGUCAUGAGUCCGGUACAGCCAGUCGAGGUUGAGUUGCCGAAGCCCAAACUAUCCUUUAUUAAAGAGGAGAAACCUGAAGAGGAUACGAGUAACGUCUUCCCUCCAGGAGCUGUGAAGUGGAGGGCAGGCAGCAGGGAAAAGCGUCCCAUUCAGGAAAUGCAGAAUAAAGCAGCGAAUCACACAGAGGAGCUCACUGAGCAGCACAGGACCAGACGCGGUGUUUGGGAGGUCAGUGGACUGGAAUCUGCUCUCAAAGCAGAGGGACAGAGCGAGUGUGUGGAGACGCUCCAACACAGAGGAGCUGAACACAGGGCAGGAGGACUCAACAGUCUGGACUCUGAGUUUGUCAUGUUUGAAAGGCCAGGCCAACUGGGGUCUUACUGGACACAUGAAAAUGUGGAAGUUGGGGGUGAAAAUCCAUCAGAAAUGAACUCCGAGCCCCAGCUGGCUCACAUAACCAAGGGCGCAGUGGGGAAAAGCCUGUCGUCUUCAGCAUCGCAACAAGAGAAACCAGAAGCUGUAACAGUGGACUCUGUACCAGUCAAAAUGGAGGACACAGUGCAGACUCAGUCCCUCUGGACCAUGGAGUCUCACUCAGGAGUGUUUGAGACCCAACGGAGAGGCAGCGUGUGUGCACCAUAUACAGCAGUGACCGUCAGAGAGAACCUGGCACUGCCACACCCCGAUCAGCCAGACCCGAAUGCAUGUGUGUCCUAUGGAAAUAAUCUUUUCCCAUUGGAAGGUCCAAUGGCCGUUGGAGCAACAGGAGCCAGAAAGGAAAGGCACGUGUGUAAAUAUUGUGGGAAGACUUGCAGUCGAGCCAGCGAUCUGAAAGUGCACCAGAGGGUUCACACAGGAGAGAAACCGUUCAGUUGCACACUGUGUGGAAAAAGGUUCAGUCAGUCGUGUAGCCUUAAAAAACAUGGGAGCAUGCACACAGGGGCGAGACCAUUCUGUUGCUCACUGUGUGGGAAGAGGUUCAAGCAGCCAUGUUAUCUGAAAAGUCAUAUGAAGAUCCACACUGGCGAGAAAUCACUUACAGUGUCGUGAAAAGGUAUCCCCCCUCACCCCCCAAUUUCCUCUAUUUUUGUAUCUUGGUCACACUAAAUGGUUUCUAAAUGAUUAACUGAAUUAUUAUUAAUUAUUUUUAAAUGGUUAAAAUAUGCGAAAAUAUAAUAAAUCAGGAAGGGUUCAAGUACUUUUUCACGGCACUGUCGCUGUGCGUAUUGGGGGACUGUAUUUGCUUCAGAGUACAAUCUUAAAUUACAUCGGCAGAAAAAUCAUACGGCUCCAUAUUCUGUACCCU